CUCUCAAACACCGUAAGACCAACGAUUCAAGCAAACUAAAAAAAGAUAAAAAAGGACUAAGAAGACCUAGAUGGACGAUGAUUAGUCCAAGAUUUCGGGAGGGUUUAGUUGUAAAAUCUGGCUCUACUUAUCUACUUAUCUAUUUAUCUACUUAUCUCUCUCUCCCUUAUUUAUCUAUCUCUAUAUAUAUAUAUAUAUAUACGUACCUAUAUCUCCCCUUAACCUUCAUCCACUCACCUUCCUCUCCACAGGACAUCCCAUGUCAGGGGUACGAGAGAAAGAGAGUGUGUAGGAAGGAAGCAAGGGUGGGGGGAAAUGUAUAAGCGCGGAACGUGGGCGUGGGGGUAGGGGUGGCCGCGCGGGUACUCACUCAACUCCACAAGAGGAGCUUUAUAUAGCCAUAUC